UACAAAUCCCAACAUGCAUUAGGCACCUGACCUGUUUUUGCACAAAGGUCUUAAGUUUGUUGCCCGCGCAGUGAUCUGGAGGACGCCAUCAACUUGCUGCUCUAAAAUUAAACCACAGGUUCCAUUAUGGGUCGACUUGAUGGGAAGGUCGUCGUCCUGACAGCAGCUGCUCAGGGGAUUGGCCGGGCAGCUACCUUAGCUUUUGCAAGAGAAGGUGCCAAAGUCAUAGCCACAGAUAUCAAUGAGUCCAAACUUCAGGAACUGGAAAAGUACCCAGGUAUUCAGACUCGGGUCCUUGAUGUCACAAAGAAGAAACAAAUUGAUCAGUUCGCCAAUGACAUUGAGAGACUUGAUGUUCUCUUUAAUGUUGCUGGUUUCGUCCAUCAUGGAACCAUCCUGGACUGUGAGGAAAAAGACUGGGACUUCUCAGUGAAUCUCAACAUCCGCAGCAUGUACCUGAUGAUCAAGGCGUUUCUUCCCAAAAUGCUUGCUCAGAAAUCUGGCAACAUUAUCAACAUGUCCUCUGUGGCAUCGAGCAUCAAAGGAGUUGUGAACAGGUGUGUGUACAGCACAACCAAGGCGGCUGUGAUUGGUCUCACAAAGUCUGUUGCUGCAGACUUCAUCCAGCAGGGUAUCCGGUGCAACUGUGUGUGUCCAGGAACGGUUGAUACCCCAUCUCUGCAGGAAAGAAUACAAGCCAGACCAAAUCCUGAAGAGGCACUGAGCGAUUUCCUAAAGAGACAGAAAACAGGAAGAUUUGCAACUGCAGAAGAAAUAGCCCUGCUCUGCGUGUACCUGGCCUCUGAUGAAUCUGCCUAUGUAACAGGUAAUCCUAUUAUCAUCGAUGGAGGCUGGAGCUUGUGAUUUCAGGAUCUCCUUGCUGGGAAGGCAGGCCGUUCCUGUCUACAGUGAACCUGCUUAUGAAGAAAACUCACCCAUCCUCUCUUUCCUAUUAAUGGCAUAUUAAUGAAAACAAGACCUUUUUGAUGAUGUCAUUGUUCACAAGAGUCUGAUCCUUUAAAUAUAUUCAUCUCUUUCUAAUCUCUUCUGAAAUCAUUGUAGAUAGGUGAGAUAAUGAACUCACUGCAAAAAGAACAUUUUAAGAAUAAAUCUCAAUUUCUAAGUAUAUAAAAUUAAAAUGUGAAUAUGAAGAAAAAAGGAAGUUUUUUUUUUUUAAGAAAAAAGCUAUUCAUUUCUAUUUUACUUCUGUUUUGCAGUAUUCAAAUAUUUUUGUACGAUUCUGCAUUGGUCUGUAUGUGGGUACUAAUUUUAAAAUUUUACACGGUUAUAAGUGAACACCAAAGGUAUAAAGGAGUUUGGCUUCAGUAACUUACACUUAAAGGAGUUUAGGUUCAGGACUAUAUAUUGGUGAUCUGUUAUGUAAAAGAAAAAUAAUCAUCAGAUGUUUAUACUUAAUGGAUGUCAUCACUUAUAAGUACUUGUUUUUAGUCUAACUAAAAAGUCUUUAUUAAAAUAAGCAAUAUUUGACAUGGACAUAAGAAACAUAUAGUUAACUACCUUACAGUAUUGUCAGUUUGAAGAAUAUUUUUUAGAUUAAGUAUAGAUUUCCUCACCAAAUUCUGAGAUAACAGACAAGAGAACAUGAAACUUAGCAAUAGUCUCUGGAUGAAAAAUCAGAAAUAAAUCAUGUAACAGGAAACAAAUAAAAUUAAAGAAAAUAAAAGUUUCAAUAAGAAAUUUAAAUUCAUGGAAAAUAAUUCCAUAACAGAUUACUAGGGAGAAGUUUUUUCUUGUUCUUUUAGUUUCAGGGUUUUAUGUUUGUGUUUUAUUUGUUGUUACCUCAAAAGACCAAAUGGUAUGAUGCACAUGUAGAUACUCAGAAAAUGAGCAGUUAAUCUUUCAUCUUAGAACUGUAACAUUAAAAAGGAAAAUUUUGAAAUGGACAAUGAAAGUUCAAAAUUUUAUCUAUGAGGAAGAACAUGCAGUUGAUGAAGGUAAGUUAAAACCGACAGCAAAAAAUAAAAUAAAAUAAAAUCUGACAGCAAA